AGAGCAAGGUAUAGAUGCACAUUGCAGUGACAGUCUGUGAAGAGUGCAGUCAUGUGUUAUCGGCCUCCACUGAGCUGAUCAGACAGUCAUGUUCACCUCUGUCACUCAACUAGACUUCUCUCCCCCUCUAAGGGAGGGAGUGCUUUAAACAGCAGGUCUCUGUCACGCUCUCAAUCCCAUAACAGCUCACCUGUCCUGCCUACACCUGUCCCCCACCACACAGCAACCCACAGGUGGAAUGUACUUAUAGAAAUAGCAAUACUAAACCCCAUUCAAGUCAAUGUAAUUCUAUUUCUAUGGGUGUAGCCAACUGUACAAGUGAUGGGGGCAGGCCUCAGAAACCUCACAGCUGCUCUUCCAUCCCUGUCUCUACCAGGGUUUUUCACUCAGUAGCAGCAGUAGGUAACUACAGGUAAUACGUGUUGAUCAGAGAGCCUUGUACAGCUUCACUAUGAACCUGCAAAGCAAUGGCCUGUCUGUUCAGUGGUACCUGAAGUCCAAGCCGGUGGGAAAGGUGAGGCGGCGUGUACAGGAGAUUAAAAACCCAUCUGUCUCCAUGGUGUCUAGCGACAUUGACCUCAGCCACAACGAGAGCACCCGAUUGGCCAUGGACGCCCUGCUGAACCAGGGAUUGGACAUGUACCAGGAAGUACUGGCCAGAGAGGGCGAGGUGGACUUCCUGUCCAAGGAGGAGAAAGGUUACAUCCUGGAGAACGCUACAGACCUGAGCACCAGCAGUCUCUGUGAGACUGAGAACGACGACCAGGCAGAGGGCUCCAACACCUCUUCCCAGACUGAGACCUGUUGUCCAUCCAUGUCUGAGAGCGAGCCCCCUGGCCUGGACCAUGGCUGGCCGGCAGAGGGCUGGAGCUACCGCCUGCAGGGUGAACCCAGUGUAGAGGUCUACUUCCAGUCUGACAGAGCAGCCAGCAUGAAAGACCUGCUCAGAGAGUUCAUCAGCAAGGCCACAACUGUUCUGGCGAUUGUAAUGGACACAUUCAGUGAUGUGGAGAUGUUCUGUGACAUACUGGAGGCAACCAGGAAGAGGAACGUGUCCGUCUACCUGCUCCUGGACCAUGUCAACCUGCAGGUCUUUGUCAAGAUGUGUGAGACGCUACAGAUCAACAGCAAUCAUCUCACUAAAAUGUCGGUCCGUAGUAUACAAGGAGAGACAUAUUGUGCAAAGUCUGGAAGGAAACUCACUGGACAGAUCAAAGAGAAGUUCAUGAUCAUUGACUGCACUGAAGUGCUGGCUGGAUCAUACAGGUCCACAGAAGCCUGGCUGUACUCUUCAAGGGCAGCGCGGUCGAGCCUUUCGACCUGGAGUUUAGGAAGCUCUAUGCCAGCUCCAAGCCUGUGCCAGCCUUCCUCACAGUGGCAGCUCAGUUCAACCUUACCAGGCCUCUUAUCACCCAUCUAGCAGCCACCACCUCAAACCCACUGACAAACCUUCCUAGCCCCAGUCCUGGUACCACAACCCAGAACAGAUACUUCAACAACCAGGCUAUGGUUCAACCAACCACCACAGCCCAGCUCAUAUACUCUAACCAAAACCCAAUGGUUCAGCCAACUACAACUGCCCAGCAAAGAUACUCCAACACCCAGCCAACAGCACCACCAACCUCCCAAUGCUUGGUGAAUCAGUUGAACUACAUAGGUCCCCAGAGCCACAGGUUCGACUGGAUCACACAGAGGCACACUGCAACCAGGCCUGUCAUGUUCCAGAGAACCUUCUCCAGUGAUUAUAGUACUGGAGAAAACCUGGCCUGGCGACCCUUUAACAGCAAUUACCUUAUUUAUGGAGGGACAAUCGGCUUGUUGGACAGACACCCACUUCUCAAGACUGGCCAGUGGUUUACUGUUCCUAAAUAACUGAAAUGGCAACAAAAUUUGACA